AUGGCUGCUUCUUUGAACCCCGCCUCGUCGCCGUUCACUCAGGCUGUGGUGAGUUCCAUGCGGAAGCUUUACCCUGAGUCAUUGGCCGACAAGAGUUGGGACAACACCGGCUUACUCCUGGAAGCACCCUUCAACGCAACUCGCCGCCAGAAGAAUUCGGUGCUCCUCACAAUUGACCUGACCAAAGCCGUCGCGGACGAGGCUAUUGCCCGCCGCGAUUCCAUCGUCGUGGCCUACCACCCGAUCAUCUUCCGCGGCCUCAAGUCUCUCACCUUCAACGACCCGCAACAACAGACCCUCCUCCGCCUCGCCCAGGAAGGCAUCAGCGUCUACUCCCCGCACACCGCCAUCGACGCCACCCCCGGCGGCAUGGCCGACUGGCUCUGCGACAUCGUCACCGGCGCCAUCACCCCGCGCAUCCCAACCGAGAACUCCUCCUCCUCCUCCUUCUCAGCUUCCACAUCCUACACCCAGCCCAUCUACCCCGCCCCGCAACCCUCCGACCCCUCCUCUUCGUCCAGCACAAACGUCCCCCAACACACCCGCCACACCAUCCUCCCCUCCCCCACCCCGACCCCCGAAGGCAUGGAGGACGCAGGCAUGGGCCGCAUUGUGACCUUCGCCGCCCCGGAGCCUCUCACCGCCAUCGUCGACCGCAUUGCCCGCGGCGUUGGGUUCCCCGGCGGCAUCCCCAUCGCCAUCCCGCAGGGCGCCUCGGUGGACGCGCUCAAGAUCCGCACGGUGGGCGUGUGUCCCGGCUCUGGGUCUGGGGUAUUGAUGAAGAAAUCACCCCUCCCUGAUCUGCUGUUCACAGGCGAGCUGAGUCACCAUGAGGCGUUGGCGGCUAUCGAGCGUGGCUCUGUGGUCGUGGCGCUCGCGCACUCGAACACGGAGCGUGGGUACUUGCGGGCGGUGAUGCGGGAGAAGUUGGCUAAGGAGGUGGAGGAGACGUGGCGGGCGCAGAGGGAGGAGUGGCAAGAAAAGCAGUCGCAAGGUGAGGCGGAGGCGGAGGAGGGGUGGAAGGAGGUGCUGGGGGAUGCUUCGUGUGAGGUGGCGGUUAGUGAGGCGGAUCGGGAUCCGUAUGGAAUUAUGGUGAGACGGGUUUAG